GUUACACGAGGAAUGGGCGUCGUGGUGAGGAAAUCCUCGACGGUGGUCGUGAGGCCACCACCGGAGCCGGUGACGGCCACCGUCAACAUCAACCUCUCGCCUUUGGACAAGAACGUCAUGUCCGUGCCAGCGGCGGUGUUCAUGGUGUUCGACGGUCGGAUCCCCGAACCUGCCGCGACCAUAGAGAGGGCUCUGUCCCAAGCUCUAGCCCACUACCUCCCGAUCUCCGGCCGCCUCGCACCCGGAGCCGAGCAGGGCGAGUUCCACAUCAGGUGCACCGGCGAGGGCGUCCCGUUCGUGGCCGCGGCCGCGGACUGCCCUCUCAAGGACGCCGAGUUCUUCGGCCGGUCGGCGGCCGGCGCGCUGCUGGAGGAGCUGGCCAUCUACUACCCGGCCGAGCACUGCGGUUUCGGUGACCCUCUGCUCAUGAUGCAGGUCACCGAGUUCUCCUGCGGCGGCUUCGUCGUCGGGGUAACGUGGAACCACGUCCUCGCCGACGCGGCCGGGAUCGGCCAGUUCCUGCAGGCCGUCGGCGAGCUCACGCGCGGGCUGCCGUCGCCGUCCGUGGCUCCGGUCAGGUGGGAUGACGCGCUGACGGCGGUGCCUCCGCCCACCGACGGCUUCGUGGAGCUGAUGAUGACGCUCCAGCCGGCCGGCAUGGCCGCGCUCGACGUCACCGUGCCAUGGGGACUAAUCAACCGCAUCAAGAACAACUCCGAUGCCAGGGGGUCAUCAAGGCCGCCGUGCACGACGUUCGAGGCGGUGACCGCGCUGCUGUGGCAGUGCCGCACCCGCGCGGUGGGGCUGUCGUCCAGCCCGGAGGAGCCCGUGGCGCUCUACUUCGCGGUGAACGCGCGGAGGUACGUCGGGUCCCGGCGCGGGUACUACGGCAACUGCGUGACCGGGCGGGUGGUGGUGGCGACGGCCGGCGCGGUGGCCGGCGGCGACCUCGCGGACCUGGUGGGGAUGAUCCAGCGCGCCAAGAGCCAGAUACCGGAGCAGUUCGACCACGGCGGCGAGAAGGGCGCAGGUGUGGACCGCCGCGGCGUGGCUGGCCUGGCCGUGGACGGGUACAACGUGCUCAUCGUCACGAGCUGGCGGAACCUCGGGCUGGACAGGGCCGACUUCGGCGGAGGGCCGCCGGCGCGGGUGACCACCUACGGCCGGGGCAGGGCGAGGGCGCCCAACUGCGUGCCGUGCCCGGGGAGCGGCGCCCUCGGGUCCAGCGUCAGGGAGGAGCACGCCGCCGCCUUCCUCGGAGAGCUAGCCUCGAGGUCCAAAUGA